AUGGACGACAUCGACGAGGCCGUGUACCUUGCAACCAUCAACGAAGAUCUGGUUGACUAUGGUCACGUGCCCGACAACGUCGACGACGCAGGUGGCGCUAAUGCUGCUGCCUUCCUCGGGCUUGGCAACGUCACGGUGGCUGUCGCGGCCCCUGUGCCGCCGGAUAAUUUUGAUGAAAUCUUGGAUGAUAAGCACGUGCGUAUUGCUGCUGUUUGCAAGUUUUGUCGCCAUAGAUUGUCUGCUAAAUCUGCUGCUGGCACUGGUUAUCUGCUUAGGCAUCAAAAUGCAUAUAAAAAGAAAGCUGAUCAUGCUAAAAUGGUUCAAACUAGGCUUGCUAUGAACCCUGAUGGAUCAUAUAGGAACUGGGAAUACAAACCUGAUGUUGCUAGGGUUGAAUUAUGCAAAUUGAUUGCUAGGCUUGAUCUGCCUUUAUCUGUUGCUGAUAAUGAUGCUUGGGAUGAUUGCAUUCAACGUGCUCAUAACCCUAGACAUGUUAGAGUGUCUAGGUUUUCAACUAGUAGAGAUCUGGAGAAGCUUUUCAUUGACACUAUUAAUAACUUAAAACAUAUUGUCUUUCCUGGUGUCAAUUCUAUUUGUUUGACCUCUGAUAUCUGGUCUGGUAAUGCAAAGGAGGAUUACAUCACUGUUGUAGCUCAUUUUAUCAAUUCUGAUUGGCAACUUAAGAAACAUGUGAUUGGUUUUAGAUUGAUUGAAGAGGUUCAUACUGGUACAAACAUUGAUGAACGUAUCUCUGAUGUGGUUGAGGCAUUCGGAAUGACUGAUAAGAUCUUUGUUGUUUCCUUAGAUAAUGCUUCUUCUAAUAAUAAUGCUAUGCAAAUUUUGGCUCCAAUCUUUUCUGGUUACUUGGGUGUUGAUACUGAUCCUGAUAAUCCAUCUAAGAAAACCUACUAUGUUGUGCAUCAGAGGUGUGCUUGCCAUGUUAUUAAUCUCAUUGUGAAGUCUGGUUUGAAAAGGCUGAAACCUUAUAUAGAGAUCUUUAGAACUGCAAUUAGUUAUUUGAAUGCAUCUAAUAAAAGAAUUGCUGAGUUUAAAGACUACUGUUUGCUUAAGGGUGUUAGACCUCGUAAAUUUGGUUUGGAUAUGGAUGUUAGAUGGAAUUCAACCUAUCUCAUGCUUAAGCACCUGAUUCCAUAUAAGAAUGUAUUUUCUGUGUUCAUCAAUGGUAAUAUUGGCUAUGCUGCUUUGAAUGUUGAGCACUGGUAUGUUGCUGAAAAGGUUUGUGAAUUCCUUGAGUUGUUUUAUGAAUCAACUGUUGCUCUAUCUGGAGUGUAUCAUCCCACGAGUCCUUUGGUUCUGCAUCAUAUAAUUGAAAUUGCUACUCAUUUCCAUGAAUGUCGGGGUGAUUCAAAACUUGAAACUGUUAUAGGCCCUAUGAGAAUGAAGUUUGAGAAGUACUGGAAAAAAAUUCCCAUGUUAUAUUCAUUUGCAUUUAUUCUUAACCCUAGAGCUAAAUUGAGAGGUUUGCAUAUGGCUCUUGAUUUGCUUGCUAAGUCUACUUCCUAG